AUGAGCCCAAGAGUCCACGUUCGCGUGCAGAAGUUCGAGGAGGCUCUCCGAGAUGAGGUGGGCAACCUGGAUACAUACCAGGUUUGGGUCAAGACCCAGUCCGCGUGCGCCAAGCAGUUGGAGACGGCAUUGGCCGAGGCGGACGCGGAGUAUGCCACCAUCGUAUCGGAGCUUGCAGGGAGAGCCAGGAAGGAUGGAGUCUGUGAGGAUGGUGAUUGUGAGCGGCGCGCAGCAGGUGGGAAGGUUCCUCUCACAGACGUCGCCGACGACAAGUCGGAUUCAACAGCUCUCAUCGAUACCGAUGGUUUCUCCAAGAUUGGCGGCGAAUUUGGGAUAACUCGAGAGCACGUCAAACACUUGGAGGAGAGGAGGGAGCAGCUUCGCAUCAACAUGCAAGCAGCCACGAAGGAUAAGUUCCGCGAAGCCAUGGCCAAGGUCGGGAGCAUCAAGGCGGAGUUGGAGAAGGCAAGCCAUCAGGAGGCGAGCCAGUACGAGUACACCACGGAGCGGAAUGAGGC